GGCGGUCUUGACGGAAGCAUGACAGAAGUGUUUGUGUAGUGAAAAAUGACUGAGAUGAAAGUUAACGGCUCACUUGGAGCCGGUGAACCGUCAGAUACUUUAGACUUUAGACUCACGGAAGGUAACAUGAAAAAGGUACCAUCAUCAUCUCGAUUUCAAGUGGCUAGGGUUGAUUUUGCGGAACCUGUAGACAAAGAAGCUGAAUCGGAUGCAGAAGACACCAUUGAUAGAGAGAAUGAAAAUAGAGGAGACCGUUAUCAACGCCAGGAUUCUCACAGGGAUUCUAUAAAUGUGUAUAUUGAUACGAUAAGUCCAACUGCUACAUAUCAAUCUGUCAAUGCAAAUACUAAUCAUAAAACUUUUGGAAAAUACACAACAGAAGCUCUGCCACAUGUGGAUCAUUACAGAAAUUUACUUUCUGCUACAAAUGCACUCAAAAGCAGACCAACCCUUGCAGAGCUACAUGAAGAAAAGGGUUUUAAUAGAUCAGCAUUUCAGGAUGAAUUAGAAUCUAAAGGAAAACCAAGUGAGCCAUUAUUAAGUAAUGCUGUAACAGUAGAAGACGGAAAGCCUUCAGGUCCUACAGCUGUUAAAUUUGGUUGGAUCAAAGGUGUUCUGGUACGAUGUCUUCUAAACAUUUGGGGAGUGAUGUUAUUUUUAAGAUUGUCAUGGGUCGUAGGUCAAGCAGGCACUGGACUGACCUCUGUUAUUAUUUUACUUUCUGUGGUUGUGACUUUAAUAACAUCCGUCUCAAUGUCAGCUAUUUGUACAAAUGGAGAAGUAAAGGGAGGAGGUGCUUACUUUAUGAUAUCCCGUAGUUUAGGUCCAGAAUUUGGUGGUGCUAUUGGACUGAUCUUCUCUGUAGCCAAUGCUGUAGCUGUUGCCAUGUAUGUUGUAGGAUUUGCUGAGACUGUCAGAGAUAUAUUGAAGGAACACGAUGCCUUGAUGAUAGACGAGGUCAAUGAUAUACGUAUAAUUGGUAUCCUGACUACUACGUUUCUGUUGGUGAUCGCUAUCAUUGGUAUGGAGUGGGAAGCUAGAGCUCAGAUGGUGUUGUUAGUAGCCUUAUUAAUUGCACUUGUUAAUUUUAUAAUUGGAACAUUUAUCCCUCCAAGUAAAGAAAAUUUAGACAGAGGUAUCAUAGGAUAUAAUAGUACUGUUUUUGUAGAAAAUUUGAAGCCACAGUUUAUAGGUGGUGAAUCCUUUUUCUCUGUCUUUUCUGUAUUUUUUCCUGCUGCCACAGGCAUAUUGGCCGGGGCUAAUAUAUCAGGAGAUUUAAAAAAUCCUCAGAAAGACAUUCCUAAAGGAACAAUUCUUGCCAUUUUAAUAUCGUCUGUUGUGUAUAUAGUUGUUGCAUGGAUAUUAGGCGCUACUGUGAUACGAGAAAUUCCAUUAACAGUGUGUUCAUCUGUGCUUGUAAAUAAUACAUUAAACUCCAGCCUUGUUACCUCGGACAAUAUCACAUCUACAAUAGCCAAUUGUACGGUUGAUCCCACAAGUUUGUUUGGAUUAUUACAUGAUUAUCAGGCAAUGGAAAAGGUGUCAGGGUUUGGACCUCUGAUCACCAUUGGUAUAUUCUCAGCAACUCUGUCUUCAGCAUUAGCCAGUCUUGUAUCUGCUCCUAAAGUCUUCCAGGCUGUAUGUAAAGAUAAGAUAUUUCCAAAGAUAGAUUUCUUUGCUAAAGGAUAUGGUGUGAGUGAUAAUCCCAGACGAGCCUAUAUAUUAGCAUAUUUUAUAGGGGUAGCAUUUGUUUGUAUAGGUGAUUUGAAUGCUAUAGCUCCGAUUAUAUCCAACUUUUUCUUAAUGGCUUACACUCUUAUUAAUUACGCUGUGUUUGAUGCAUCUUUAGCCAGAUCUCCAGGAUGGCGUCCUGCUUUCCGUUACUACUCUAUGUGGAUAAGUUUGUUGGGUGCCUUACUUUGUACAACUGUGAUGUUUAUAAUUAAUUGGUGGACAGCUCUGGUUACCUUUGCUGUCGUUGUAGCUUUGUUUGUAUAUGUACAUUAUAUCAAGCCAGAUGUAAACUGGGGUUCCUCCACACAAGCCCAUGUAUAUAGAACUGCUUUACAAUCAACAUUAAAGCUAAUUCAGGUGGAGGAUCACAUUAAAAACUUCAGACCUCAGAUUUUAGUAUUGACAGGACUACCAAAGUCUAGACCUGCAUUAGUGGACUUUGUAUGGUCACUAUCAAAGAAAGUCAGCUUAAUGAUGUGUGGCCAUGUUAUUAUAGGUGAUUUCCAUGAGAAUGUGAAGUUGAUAAACAGAUACAAAUCAUGGGAAGUUAACAGAUGGCUGAAUAAGAAAAAGAUAAGGGCAUUUUACAGUGCAACAUCAGCGGAGAAUUUCAGGACAGGGGUCCAGGCUCUUAUGCUAAACACAGGAGUUGGUAAACUGAGACCUAACGUUGUAAUGAUGGGAUUCAUGUCUGGCUGGAGGACAAAGGAAGACCAGAGUCAAGUGGAGGAAUACUUUAAUGUGUUUCAUGAUGCUUUUGACCUGCAGAUGGGAGUGGCUAUACUGAGAGUAAAGGAAGGAUUUCUUGUUGAUGAAAGUGGUGAUUGUACAAAGCAGGAACAAGAGGAAGAAGUCAACCUAAAUGAUGAAGAAGAUGAGGAUGAAAGUGAUCCAGAAAGAGAACAGACUCUGAACAUUCCUGAGGGAUCCCCCACCAUGUUACGUCGUUACAGUACAGCCUCCACCAAUGGAGAGAAUGAGACUCAUGCUUCUACACCUAAUAGAGACAUGGAGAAGGACGACUCAGCCUCUCCUCUAGAUCAGCUGUCUGAGAGGUUUGGGGGGAAGAAGAUGAGGAAAGGAACCAUUGAUGUCUGGUGGCUGUUUGAUGAUGGAGGUCUGACAUUACUGUUACCCUACAUUCUGACUACCCAGAGUCAAUGGAGCAACUGUAAGCUGAGAAUAUUUACAGCAGGAACAAAGAGAGGAGAAAUUGACAGGGAACAGAGACAACUAGCCACACUGUUGAGUAAAUUCAGGAUAGACUGUAAGGAGAUGUAUGUUUUGCCAGAAAUAGGACGUAAACCAAGUGAAAAAAGUAUGAAGUCUUUUGAAAGUUUGUUAGAAGGUUGGAUGUUAGACGAGGAUAACGGUGAGACUAAAGAUGAGUAUCCAUGGAAAGUUUCAGAGGAGGAUGUCAUUUUAUUAAAAGAAAAGACACAGAGAAAUGUAAGAUUGAGUGAGCUUUUGAAGAUCAAAUCAUCAGAAGCAUCUUUAAUAGUUAUGACUUUACCAAUGCCUAGGAAAGGCACAUGUCCAGCAGGAUUGUAUAUGGCAUGGUUGGAUGUUUUAACUACAGGAAUGCCACCAAUAUUGUUAUUACGUGGUAACCAGAGCAGUGUGUUGACAUUCUAUUCCUAGGUCUAAGGUUGUGAGAAGAUACAAUAGAAAACAAAAGAAAAUCGCAUACACAGAAUAGAUUUGACAGAUGAAGAUGUGCAAAGAAAUUCAUAUCAGAAAGCAAAUAACGGUUAUGAAGACAUGGAAGUGUUAUAUGGUGGUAAAUAGAAGCCACUGUACAAUGUAUUCUGUAUACAGAGAUGAUAUCAUGUGAGGAGAAAAGAAAAAAAGAAUCAAGGCUUUGAUGCAUUAGUUAACAUUAGAAGUAUUGUUUGUUCUUUUGUACAAUUAUGUUUUAAUUUUGUAUAAAAUUGCUCCCCUUUCAUACAUGAUUUGAUAUCUUUAUGGAAGGCCGGAAGAAAGUAAAAGUAAAAAGAUAUUAUUUGUUAUUUGAUUGCAAUAGACAAGCUUGUUAUUUUUUUCAAAUUUUCAGUCACACUGACAUAAUUUAUUGGCUCUUAGGACUGGUUUGAAAAUGAAAUAUAUUAAAAAGAACAUAUUUUUGUAAUAAUAUUUUAUCCAAAAUCACAUUUAAGUUUUGUUAUAUAUAUAGUGAGUCACAAAAUUGUUAUAGAGAUAGUAUGCUUACUGUGAUACAGAUUUAUUUUCCAUAUAAAUCUAUAAAAAUGUGGAUUCAUUAUUAUUCAUGGGGUACUUAUUUCCUUUGGUUGGUAAACAAUAUUCAUGAAUUUUAAACAUUUAACAAAAUAUAAUUACAUUAGAUGUAUGAUUCAUUAUAAUAUGUUAUUCUGAUUGGCUAACUGCACAUCACAUGUUAUUCCGUAAGCAAUUGCGUUACACAAUAAAACUUAUCAUUCAUGAUGACACGAGUUCACCAAUUGCAAUGGUAAAUUAAAUAAAAACUUGAUGUAAAUCAUGUUUUCAUGAUCCUAGCUAAAAAACGUAAUUAUAAGUAUAGAAUGCUUCAUUUUGUAACUUCAUAGGGUUGUAAAAGCAUUGACCGUGCACACAUGUUUUAAAUGAAGCGUGGAAUACAAAAUGUACUUCGGUCAACGCUUUUACACCCCAAUAAAGUUACAAAAAGAAGCAUUCAAUUCUUUAAUAAGCCUUUCAGAAAUAAGAAGAUGUGGUUUGAUUGCCAAUGAGACAACUCUCCACAAGAGACCAAAUGACACAUGAAUUAACAACUAUAUGUCACCAUUUGGUUAUAUACCAGAUUUGUUGAUGCCUCAAAAUCAAGUUUCCAUGAAAACAAAUGAAUCCAUAGUACACUGUUACACAUUACAUGACAAAUAUAAUGUAAUAAUAGCUAAUCAUUUAUUUUGUAAUCUUAUAAAAUAUUAUCAAUGCAUUAACCAUUUAUUUUUUUAGAAUUUAUGUUAUAAACUGUCUCAAUUGUAGGGGGGGGGGGGAAAUAGAAAUUCUCUAUAUUUUGAUAAAAAAUUAAAAAGGAAAUAUUUUGAAAAGAUAAUGGAUAAAAUUUGGGCUUCAGACCUUUAUUCAAAAAUAGUUACAAAUUUUGCUCUUUUUAUGCCCCACCUACGAUAGUAGAGGGGCAUUAUGUUUUCUGGUCUGUGCGUCCGUUCGUCCGUCCAUCUGUCCUGCUUCAGGUUAAAGUUUUUGGUCAAGGUAGUUUUUGAUGAAGUUGAAGUCCAAUCGACUUCAAACUUAGUACACAUUUUCCCCAUGAUAUGAUCUUUCUAAUUUUAAUGCCAAAUGAGAGUUUUUACCCCAAUUUCACGGUCCACUGAACAUGGUAAAUGAUAGUGCGAGUGGGGCAUUCGUGUACUGAGGACACAUACUUGUUUUUAAUCUUCUUUAUUUGAUUAUAGCUUGACAUGUUUGUUCAACCUUUCUUUAAAGAAGACCGUUUUCUAGAUUGAAUUAUCUUAUAUCUUAUAUAGAAAAACAAAUAAAAAAUUAUAAUUUUAAUUAAUGUUUAUCAAAAAUCAGCAAACCCCAAUUUUGUAAAACAUUCUAUAAAUAUAUAUAACAUAAGUUAAAUUUAAUACCUCAAGUGAAUAUACAUAAAUUUAGAUUGUACAAUGGGUAUAUUAAUUCUCAAUGUAAAUGUUAAAACUCAAAGCUUGAGAUUAAGGUUUAAUAGGAAGUUUGCAAUAUCUUUUGUGUUCAGUUUAUAUUUAUUUUGAUGCAAUAAUUUUGUCAAGACUUCAAAGCAUAAUGAAAAAAACUGAUGUGUUUUAGAUUAUCUUAAAAAAAAUAUCUUCAGAUAAAUUAUGAUUUUAGCUCUGGUAGUCAGAAUUCUGUUAUAGCUAUACGUUUUAAGUUGAAACAUAUCCUCUUAUAGAUGCUCAGUUUAUUAUAGUACAUAGUAAUAAUAUUACAUUAAAUUGACAUAUCAAUAAUAAAAAAUAAGCAAUUUAAUAUAUUGUCAAUGAAAAUAUUGAGACUCCAGAUUAAAAAAUAAAUCAACAUCUAUUGCAAUUUAUGAAUGUCAUGACAAAUCUGUUUAACAGUAUUACAGUAGAUAUUUAAAAGUUUAAUUUUUAUUUGUACUGAUUUAUAAAAUUUAGAGUUAAAACAUAACAAACUACAAUCAACAGUUUCAGUACAUGCUAGUAUGCUGAAUACAAAUGAUGAAAUAUAACUAAUUGUUAACUGGAUUUUUAGUUAUCUUUUCUUUGGCUGCUGUCUCAGGGAUAUUCAUCCCUCUUAUUUUCCCAAUGUAUGCAUAAUAAACUGAAAUUUUCUGAUAUGGAUAAAAUUGCAUCCUAUUAAAAUGAACCAGAGAAAAAAGUUCAAUUACAUUUUUUUCAAAAUUUUAAAAAGUUUCUAAAUACUAUUUCUCAAUGUGAAUAAACACUAAGCACAACAGUUUAAUUCUUACAGCUUUGAUUUGUAUUUAUAUUUUACAUGUAUCUUAGUUCGCAAUAUCUUUUACUAUUUACUUUAUUUAUUUAAUUUGUUAACUUUUCUCAUUUAUAUUUUUAGUUUAACAUUGUAUUUAUUAUGCUUUUUUUUAUGUUUUGUUAGAAUUUAGUUGAGGGACGUAAUCUGUACUAUUAUGUAGAAUUAGUGUUGGUAGUUUCAUUCUAUAAUAAUUCAGGUCUGCUCAUGAUGUCUAAGCUUCACGUGCUAUGCAUGAUAAGGGCACUUUAGCCAGCAUUUAUAAAUCAUGUAUCAUUAAUUAUUAUUUGUGAACAGUUAAGGGAGAGAAAAAAAAUGAUUUUGAUCAAUUAAAGAAUUUUUAUCAUUGAACUUUCAUUUCUUAAAAGAUUGUAUCAGUCUUGGAUACAGAAAUUUUCAUUAGAGCAGCCCCACUUCAGUCAUGCUUCAGUGCUUCCCUAUAUAAUCAACCAAAUUUUUCCAACAAAGGAGGGGGAGCUGGGCCUGCCGCCACCUCCGCCUAAAUUUACUUCUGUGAAUAAGUCUGAUUAAAACAAUGUAUCAGUGCAUUAAAUUAAUUGAAAGAGCAGUAUAUUCUUAGCACAUGAUUAUAAUAAUUGGACUUGAUUGUUAAGAGGGCAGUCAUUAAGAAAAAGGGAAGGGGGUAAUACAUUGUAACUAUUUGAACUUUAAUUUUAAACUUUCGUGAAAUACAUGUCAUCUGUCUCUUUAUUUAAUUUAAAUUUGUAUUAAUAGCAUUAUUUUCAUUAAUUUUAUUAUUUAAAGUAACCAAUUUGUUUGAACUCACAUGACCUAAAGGGCAAGUGUGAAAUCUCUCUCUGCUUGUCAUUUUUUACCUUUGACUGAAAGCAAUUUUUUGUUAUUAUGAUUUAUUUUAAAAUCACCAGAUCUCUUUGAGAAUCAACCAUCAUGUUUGUUGUUCUAAAAAUAGAUCUUGGGGUGGUCAAGAUCAGUACAAAAAUAUAAUAAAAAAAUCCCAUAAACCCUGUAAUAGCCAUUUUAUUGUCUAAACUAAAAGAAAAUGAUGUAUUGGUGAUUUGCAUUGAAGAAUUAUUGGUGAUGACAUCAGCAGCAACUAGGAUUAAAACCCAACUAAUUAUGGAUUCUACCAUUAUUAAAAUUAGAAAAUUGGACUAAAAUUCAAUACUACUACUAAACAUGAGGUAAAAGUCAAAUAUUACAAUGUUAGAUACUUUCUGGGAUUUUUUGGUUAAUAACCCCAUCAAUGAUCAGAACUUGUUGCCAACAUGACAAAAAUCAGAUAUAGACAAAAAUUAAAAAAUUAAAUAUAAUAAAAAGGAUUCUUGGAAAUUUGAUUAAAGGUGUAAAGGUGUAGUGAUUUUCAAAAGUUCAAAUAAACUAUCCACUAUCGCAAAGAUUAUAGAUUUUCAUGUUCUCUAGUGCAAUAUGGGUAAUUUGGUUAAUAUACAUUAUAGUAUGACUUUACAUUUGUACAUUAACCUGGACAGUAUAGGUGUCAGUGAGACAUAUAUUUGGAUCUACGUAUAUAAUCAUUAUAAUACUAUACAUUGUGGUAUUUAUUAUAUAUAAAAUGUAAAACUAUACAUUGUGGUAUUCAUUAUAUGUAAAAUGUAAAAACUGUGAUUAUGUAAAAACCAUCCAAAAGUGCUGUAAACAUGUUACAUUAUUUUCUGAUCAUUUUACUGUUUUUGUUGAACACUGGGUUUUAGAUUAAUGAAUAAACAGUAGAAUUCUGU